AAAGCACACAAGGCAAAACCAGAGAGAAUCUGAGAACCAGCCAGCCCGGGUUGGAUCGCUAUCAAAAGAGGAGAGAGAGACAGUGAGAGAGGCAGAGAGCGCGCAUUGCAAUUGCAAAAGCCUUCUGAUUUGGAGUUAAAAAAAAAAAAAAAUCUCCAAGAAGCCUGCAAUUGGCCCACAGCUUUAAAAAAAAUCUCUUCCGGGUUUUCAACGGUUCCAAGUUUAUUUAGAUUUUUUUUUAAUGCAAAAAAAAGGGGGACAACAAAUGAAGCAAUUCGUCUGAACAUUUUAAAGUUUCUCACGUACUCUUUUUACAUUGCAAUGGAUGAGUUUCAUCCUUUCAUUGAAGCACUUCUGCCCCACGUCCGAGCCUUCGCCUACACAUGGUUCAACCUGCAGGCCCGAAAACGAAAAUACUUCAAAAAACAUGAAAAGCGUAUGUCAAAAGAAGAAGAGAGAGCCGUGAAGGAUGAGUUGCUAAGUGAAAAACCAGAGGUCAAGCAGAAGUGGGCAUCUCGACUUCUGGCCAAGUUACGGAAAGAUAUCCGCCCCGAGUACCGAGAGGAUUUUGUUCUUACAGUUACAGGGAAAAAGCCUCCAUGUUGUGUUCUUUCCAACCCAGACCAGAAAGGCAAGAUGCGAAGAAUUGACUGCCUUCGCCAGGCAGAUAAAGUCUGGAGGUUGGACCUCGUUAUGGUGAUUUUAUUUAAAGGUAUUCCGCUCGAAAGUACUGAUGGUGAGCGCCUUGUAAAGUCCCCACAGUGCUCGAAUCCAGGGCUCUGUGUGCAGCCCCAUCACAUAGGGGUUUCUGUUAAGGAACUCGAUUUAUAUUUGGCAUACUUUGUGCAUGCAGCAGAUUCAAGUCAAUCUGAAAGUCCCAGCCAGCCAAGUGACGCUGACAUUAAGGACCAGCCAGAAAAUGGACAUUUGGGCUUCCAGGACAGUUUUGUCACAUCAGGUGUUUUUAGUGUGACUGAGCUAGUAAGAGUGUCACAGACACCAAUAGCUGCAGGAACUGGCCCAAAUUUUUCUCUCUCAGAUUUGGAAAGUUCUUCAUACUACAGCAUGAGUCCAGGAGCGAUGAGGAGGUCUUUACCCAGCACGUCCUCUACCAGCUCCACAAAGCGCCUCAAGUCCGUGGAGGAUGAAAUGGACAGUCCUGGUGAAGAGCCAUUUUACACAGGCCAAGGGCGCUCCCCGGGAAGCGGCAGUCAGUCAAGCGGAUGGCAUGAAGUGGAGCCAGGAAUGCCAUCUCCAACCACACUGAAGAAGUCGGAGAAGUCUGGUUUCAGCAGCCCCUCCCCUUCGCAGACCUCCUCCCUGGGAACGGCAUUCACACAGCAUCACCGACCUGUCAUUACAGGACCCAGAGAAUUCAAGAUGGUUCCCAGUAUCCUCGGUUCUCCUUUCUGGAAAAUCUACUCAGCAAGCCCGCAUGCAACACCGUCGACUCUUCAUUUUCCGACGUCGCCCAUUAUCCAGCAGCCUGGACCUUACUUCUCUCACCCAGCCAUCCGCUAUCACCCUCAGGAGACGCUGAAAGAGUUUGUCCAACUUGUCUGCCCUGAUGCUGGUCAGCAGGCUGGACAGGUGGGGUUCCUCAAUCCCAACGGGAGUAGCCAAGGCAAAGUGCACAACCCAUUCCUUCCCACCCCAAUGUUGCCACCGCCGCCGCCACCACCGAUGGCCAGGCCUGUGCCUCUGCCGGUGCCAGACACAAAGCCUCCAACCACAUCAACAGAAGGAGGUGCAGCCUCCCCGACCUCACCCACCUACUCGACACCCAGCACCUCCCCCGCAAACCGAUUCGUCAGUGUUGGACCACGGGAUCCAAGCUUUGUAAAUAUCCCUCAACAGACACAGUCCUGGUACCUGGGAUAAAAGUCGCAGCGUCCCACCAUCCACCAGACAGACCACCUGACCCCUUCUCAACUCUGUAACAUGGACGCAUCCUCAACCCAGCGCGGUUACAACUUCACUGUCAGUGGAAGGGGAGAAUCAAAUCAACUUGUACAUGGAAACAGCGAGCAUUAUGGUCAAACAGCAAAGGCCAUAACCUUUUGGGAUUUUUUUUUUAAAUACUUUAGGGACUGUUGUAAUUUUCUCAUAUGGUGCUGGAAAUGGUUGGGCUUUGUAACACGUGGAGUGUUCCCGUGGUAGCGUGAGCAUUAGGUGAUGUGGCUAGCGGAGGUCUACCCUUGCUCACUGACUUCCCGUUGUAACACACUUUCCUUACGGAGCCUGGCUGUUUCACAGUAUUUCAUGAAUUUACCCACACAGGUGUGAGCCUCCUUGAGUCAUCGGGAGGCACAUGGAGAACUAAAUCUUUUGUAGUAGCUGAGAUCUGCAAUAUAUAACUUACGGGACAGUCAAAGGGCAAUGUUUUUCUGUAACAUAUUGGAGAAAGAAAAUGCAGUUAUGUUCCUUUUUUAUUUUUUCUUUUAGUUUGGUUUUGGUUCAGCAGUCAGCAGUUAAAUAUAUAACAUGGCCCACAAGGACAGUGAAUCCACUCACGUUGCAGAACAAUUCCGAAAUGACAAACUACUACUACUAUUCAGUUUUUUAAAAGUUGUGAAAUGCUGCACUUACAUUUAAAAAAAAAAAACAUUUUUUCAACAAUUUCAACAAUGACACACAAAUUCACGUGGAAAUGGGGAAGAUGGUCUGUUUUGACAGAAACUGACAGGAAUCAAUCAAAACAAUCGAAUUUUGAAAUGAGUAAAGUGCAAUUUCAUUGGAUAGCUAAAUAUCUUUGUAAGAUAGAGAUUGUUGAAAAUUCUAUUUUUGUUUUUCAAGUCCUUCCACCCCAGGACUCUAAAUUAUUGGGGUAAAAAAACAGCCUUGCAAGAAAAAGGGGAGCUAUUUUUGCUUUUUAUGUUUUUUAUUGUUAAACUUGUAUCCCUUUAAAAACUGAAGGAAAAUUAAAAAAAAAAAAACAAAAAACAAAUCUAAUGGUGCUUUUACCACGAUAUGUUAACUACAUUAAAUGCUAAUUAUUUUCUGUUAUCAAAGCACAUAACUAAAAUGAAAUCAUGGUAUCUGUUAAUUUUAUAAUAAGCUAGAAGUCACUAUAAUGGAUUAUGCCAAUUCUGAAAAUUUUUACAUGUAUCCAGCAACAUAGGAUUUAUCAGUUAUCAGACACUUCAUUGUACCAGAGAUUGUCCAGAACUUUUAAAGACCUUUGCGCCCCUGAACUGGGCUAUGGGAAAAUAAUAAUAAUAAUGAUGAUGAUAAAACCAAUACUGACACAAAUGCUGGUGCCCAUUCAGAUCAAGGGUACCUGUUAGGGAAAAAAAAAAGUUUGCACCCCCAAAUGUCCUGUAUCUUAUGUAAACACACACACACACACACACACACACACACGCACACACAAACACACACACACAAAAAACAACAAAAAAACAUACAAAAAAAAGUGCAAGUGAUUUUUCUACCAGACAGCGAAGCACCCCUUUGCUUCCCAUGCAACUUCAAGAAGGUUUCCUAUACUAUACAUAUAUAUACGUUCUGGUUGGCAAGCCCUGCUGAUCAGAGAAAGUCUCUGCAUGUUCUAGUGUUAGUAACUAAUUUUUAUAUAGUUAAUGUAGGAUAAAGUAGAGUGCAUUAAGACACAAUAUUGUAAUCCCUACUCUAGGCACUUGCCUUUAAACUAUGUUUUUCAGCCCUUCAGAAGGGUUCUACUACUGUCCUAUACAAUCAAGUAACUGAAAUUCUUGGGAAGACACUUUGCUCCUCAUCUUUCCCCCGAAACAAUGUUGUUUUGUUUUGUUUUUUUUCCUUAAUUUGCACGAAAACAAAAAUUCCAUAUCAAUGUGCCUUGCCCUGGAUAGCGAUUAUUUGUGGAAUUGUUGCACAUAUGCUCCUCUAUUGAAAGGGGUUUUUCCCUAGUCAAGCAUUUGGAGACACUUUUUGUAAAUGUGACUUUUAUGUCAGCCAUCGUCAGUUUCAACAUCUAGAACUAAAUAGAAAGUUAGUUGUUCCGCAGAUAGGAGUAGUCUUUAUUGUCCUCUGUGGUCAGUGGCAGUGCUAUUCUGAGAUCUGUAGAUGGCUUAGAAUAUCAGUAUUUUGGAUGUUGCUGCAUUUUACAAUUUAUUUGGAGUCUUCCUUUAUUUUCCCCCCAGAUAUAUGAAAAUAUGCAAUACCUGCUUAUAUCGUGUAGAAAAGCUUAGCGAUUAUUAAUUUUUCUUUUAUUUUUUUUAUUUGACCAAAGUCGGUGCUGCACUUGACGCAGUGUGUUUUAGGUGUUUGUCUUUGUACUUUUUUUGUGAUUUUUGAAUGCACGUGCGCAGGAAGGGCUCCUCUUAGAGAAGCAGUCAAACUGUGAAGCACUAAGCUGACCCUGCUUCAAGCAAUUUUGUUUUUACAACUGUUCCUUUCACAAGCAAGCCUUAAAAAAAAAAAAAAGACAACUUCCUUUUUCUUCAGCUCCCACACCCCAUUUUUCUUAGCAGACCGCAGUCAAUCCACAUUCAAUAAAAAGGAUAUAAUGCCCAUUUUUAUAUGCACGUUUUUAAACUUCCAAGUUCUGAAAAUUGUUUACUGGUUAUCUCUAUUUAAGGAAAAAAAAAUAAAAUAAAACAUUUUGGAUUUUCA